GUUUCUGCACUGCGCGCAUGCAAGAUCCAGGAUCAGCUAACUAGCUACACACGUCCAUGGUGUCGCAUGAAGACUUGGCGCCCCAUGCACCAUUUCAUCACACUUACGAGUUCCCCAAUCCCUCGAUUUACCUGGAAUAGAUACUGAAAAAAACAGCAGAUUUGGUUCUGGUGAAACGCUGCUCGUGGGUUAUACUGAACCCCGCUAGUAACGUCAGCUAGUAACGUCAGCUAUUCGAGUUAAAGCCACUAUGGACUCGAGAGACACAGCCCCUGAUUCGUGGGAACAGGAGGACGAUGUUGAGGCCACGGCUGAUACCGAGCUUCAGUCCGCCUUCACCGGGCUCAACGUGAACGCUCCGGAAUUCGUACCAUCAUUUCUUUCCCUAGGUUCACCGGAAAACGCCACGUCUGAUGGUACCGAUGCAGUGGCCAGCAUGGAGAUCUCAGAACCAGUGGCUGCAGUGGAGAAUGGAGAGACUGAUGCCAGCGCUGUGGAGACAUGGGAGCUGAAAGGAGAGCCAGAUGAGGAGGAACCAGGAGGCGGAUCCUCGGCGGACACAGGAUUUUGUGGCGAUGAGGCACAGGAUGAAAUGAUGGAGGAGGAUGAGGAGAUGCCAACACCCAAGCUGCCUCCUCCUCCACCGGAUGCCCCUAAGAAAGAACAUGUGAAUGUUGUGUUCAUUGGACAUGUGGAUGCAGGCAAGUCUACUAUUGGUGGACAGAUUAUGUAUCUGACUGGUAUGGUAGACAAACGAACGCUGGAGAAAUAUGAACGGGAGGCGAAAGAAAAGAACAGAGAGACUUGGUAUCUUUCCUGGGCUCUAGACACAAACCAGGAGGAAAGAGACAAGGGGAAAACAGUAGAAGUUGGAAGAGCCUCCUUUGAAACUGAGAAAAAGCACUUUACUAUUCUUGACGCCCCAGGCCAUAAAAGCUUUGUACCCAACAUGAUUGGAGGGGCAUCCCAAGCUGACUUGGCAGUGUUGGUCAUCUCUGCCAGAAAGGGUGAGUUUGAGACCGGUUUCGAAAAGGGAGGCCAGACAAGGGAGCACGCCAUGCUGGCUAAAACAGCUGGAGUCAAACAUCUGAUAGUCCUCAUCAACAAAAUGGACGAUCCCACUGUGAACUGGAGUUUGGAUAGAUACGAGGAAUGUAAAGAGAAGUUAGUGCCAUUUCUGAAGAAGGUGGGCUUUAAUCCAAAGAAAGACAUUCACUUCAUGCCCUGCUCUGGAAUGACUGGAGCCAACCUGAAAGAAUCUUCUGAGCUUUGCCCUUGGUACACGGGUUUACCUUUCAUUCCACAUCUGGACAGCCUGCCAAGCUUCAGCAGAUCCAGUGAUGGUCCCAUUCGAUUUCCUAUUGUGGAUAAAUACAAGGACAUGGGCACCGUGGUGCUCGGAAAACUGGAGUCUGGAAGUAUCGCGAAAGCACAACAACUUAUUAUGAUGCCAAAUAGGCACACGGUGGAAGUGUUGAGCCUUCUCUCUGAUGAUGUGGAGACUGAAUACGCUGGACCUGGUGAAAACCUGAAGCUCCGCCUCAAAGGCAUUGAGGAGGAAGAGAUUCUCCCAGGCUUUAUCCUAUGCAAUGCUGAGAACCUCUGCCACUCAGGACGCACUUUUGAUGCCCAGAUUGUCAUUAUUGAACACAAAUCCAUAAUAUGCCCAGGUUACAAUGCAGUUCUACACAUCCAUUCCUGCAAUGAAGAAGUGCAGAUAACAGCGUUAAUCUGUCUGGUGGACAAGAAGACAGGAGAAAAAAGCAAGACUCGUCCACGCUUCGUCAAACAAGACCAAGUAUGCAUCGCCCGUCUUAGGGCCGCAGGAACGAUCUGCUUAGAGACUUUUAAAGACUUCCCUCAAAUGGGACGUUUCACCUUGAGAGACGAGGGAAAGACAAUUGCAAUUGGCAAGGUCCUGAAGUUGGUACCUGAGAAGGACUAAAUACAGGUAGAAGGAGUUCCCUGGUGCACUCUGGGAUUGAGGAGGAUGCAGUGAUGUAUGCCUGCCAGAUGUCCUCCAAACUGCUCCAUCUUCCCACUGUGGAUCAGUCCAAGAAAAUUACUUUGGAAAAAGGACUUUAUCAAAGUGACAGUAUCAAUUUUAGAAAGAACAUUAAUAUAGAGAGACAAGCUCAGUGUGACAGCUUUCUCAUAUUGAGAGCUCAGCUAUGCCACUCAUGUAGCCCAAUUUUUAAAGCCAGUUUCUCUCCACUGGUACAUAUUCAGUCUAAAAAUGGAUGCAAUUUUAUUUUAAGGUAUUGGCUUUUUAAGUUUAUGUUCAAAUAUGAGAGAGGGAGUCUUGGUGUCAUCUUUUUGAAAGGUCAAUGCCAUUACUAUGUGCCCCAUUCAAACAUAACACUCCCAUAAGAAUGCAGGGUCUCUGAUUGUAUAUCACUUUAUAACAGCAUCAUCUGGGCAGUUAGAGACUAAUGACUGUUUCGUUAUAGCAUGACCAGGGUCCAUACAGGGUCUAAGCUUGCCAGUACCCUUGCUCUUUACCUGGCAAGUCCUGCAAAAGUCAUGAUUGUCAAGAUCAGGUCAUACAAGAGGCCUUGGUCCUUCAAAUAUAAUGACACUUAUGUAGAGAUGUCAGAUUUAAACAGAUGAAUUUGUUUACUGUGAUGUCAUUACAUAACAAAUGACAAAUGCACCCACAUGGUUAAAAGAAUAAUUUGUCACAUCAGUUGGUGUAAAGUCUGUACACUCCUGUUGGGGAUGUAAACAUCAAACUUCCAAAAAAUAAAACGCUAAAAUGACUUCAAAUGAAAAUGGAGAA